AUGCCCACCUCCGCGACCGCCGCCGGCGCCCUCGCGUCCGCGCGCGCGCUCGCGCCUCCGCCGCCGCGAAUUCGCCGCGCGCCGCGCGACUCGAGCCCCGCGCGUCAACGGCGCCGUCCUCGUCGCGUCAUCGCGACGCGCGCGGCGGGCUUCGAGACGGACAUCGGUCAAGCCAUCGGAUCGAUCGUCCGCAAGGAGGUCACGCUCAACCUGCCCCCGGGAAGGGUCGGGCUCAGCGGCAUUCGCGAGACGUUCGAGUACCUGCAAGACCCGAGAGGGUUCAUCGAGCGCCGCGUCGAGGCGUACGGGCCGGUGUUCAAGACGGGGUUCUUCUUCAAGCCCGCGAUCGUGUUCGGAAGCGCGGAAGCCAUCGAGGAGUACAAGCGUUUCGAGGGCGAGUUGCCCGCGGACGAGGCGCUUCCGGAGACGUUCCGCGAGCUCCACACCGCGUACGGCGCGCUGCGGCAGAGCGGCGCGCAGUACAAGGCGACGCGCGCCAACUUCGGGAAGGUGUUGGGACGCGCGGCGCUGACGCACUACGCGCCGAUCAUCGCGCGGCAGACGCGAGACUUCGUCCGCGGCGAUUUACUCGCGAGCGGGACGCUGCAGCCCGGGUACGAGUGCCGGCAGCACUGUCUCAGGUCGCUGUUCGAACUCUUCCUCGGCGCGAUCCCGCCCGAGGACACGAUGAUGAAGAUGUACGACUACAACGAGGGCUUACUGUCUCUCGGGAAGCUCACGAACGAGUUCGAGCAAGGCAAGGCGGCGCUAGAGACGCUGACCGAGUUCGUGUUGCAAACCUACCGGAGAGUUCGCGCGUCCGGGGAGCUCGAGACGGAUCCGAGGUAUUUCUUCCUGAGACAGUACAGCACCGCGACGGACGAGAACGACGAGCUAUUCCCGGACGACAGGGUCGCGACGACGGUGGUGCUCAUGGUGUGGGGCGCGUACAUCGAGGCCGCGGCGAGCAUGGGCCACUGCGCGUGGUUGCUCAUGCGAAACCCGGACGCGGCGGCGAAGGUCCGCGCGGAGUGCAAACGCGUCCUCUCCCCCGACGCGCUCGCGUCCGGGAACGUGCCGAUCGAGACGCUCAUGGAGUUGAAGUACACGGAGGCGUGCGUGAAAGAGGCGCUGCGGACGGUGCCGCAGACCGCGGGGGGGUUGCGGAUCAACCCGACGACGCGGACGCUCGCCGGGUACGACGUCCCCGCGGGUUACGUCCUCACCGCGGACCCGCGCAUCCCGUUUUUGGACGCGAAGAAUUACCCAGAGCGGGAGAAGUUCCAGCCCGAGCGUUUCCUCCCCGAGGGCGCGGCGGCGGGGAACGUCGUCAACGGCGAGACGUACUUCCCCGGCGGCAUGGGGCAGCACCAGUGCCCGGGGAUCAGUCUGUCGACGCUCAUGACGCAGACGUUUUUGGCGUACAUGACGACGACGUUCGACGGGUGGACCCCGGAUCUGUCCGGGGAAGGGAGCGAGGACCCGGCGUACGUGCAGAUACCGAUCGUGAUCAUCGACGACCGGUAUCGGCUCAAGCUCGAGAAGAACUGGCAGUUCGACACGUUCGACGCGAAAUGA